CUAGUACAAUUUUCAGUUUGGAGAGCUUGCCUCUCCCGUAGAUUAGUCCUGACAUUCCAGGGAUACAACGUUAAAUCUGUGUGUUAGUGUCUUUGUGCGUUUGUUUACUUAGCUAAAGUUAACAUGGUAUCAGAGCUUUCGACAAUCGAUUUCGAGAGGCUGUCCAUUCGGCUCAAUCUGAAGAAUUACAUGCGGUGUGAAUUCCAAUUUCGUGUGUAUGUUGAAGGAAAGGGACUCGCUGGGGUUCUGGAUGGUACAGUCCUGAAGCCCGACUCAACCGCCACAACCGAGUAGAUCAAUCGGUGGAACCUCCAGGAUGCUCGGGUAAGAUCGUGGCUUUUAGGCUCUGUUGAUCCUAAUAUUUGUCUCACUCUAUGUAUGCAUAAGACCGCUAAUGAGAUGUGGAAGCAAUUAGUGGAUACUUACUCUACUGCUAGUGUCGCAAGGCAAUACGAGAUGCAAUGUGCAUUGGACAGGUUGGAACAAGGAGAUCAUGACAUUACGACCUAUCUCACUGCUGCCCAUGAGCUGUGGACUGAAGAGGAUUUGCUCACGCAAUCCCUCCGCCCCGCUGCCACUUCGGCAGUCCUCAUCGAGAAACGCAAGCAUGCCAGGCUACUUCACUUUCUGAUGCAUUUGCGGCCGAAUAUGAAUCCAUUAGAUCGGCUAUCAUUCACCGAGGGGCGUUGUUAAUGGAAGGGAUGUUUGGAGACUUGGUACGCGAGGAAACAAGCUUACGGACACAAGCCAAGCUGGACAUUCGACCCAGAGAUGGAGAGUCUUCAGUCCUUGUUGCUUCGGGUGAGGUGGAUGUUGCCUUCACUGUCGGUGACUCACUUCUACUGUCACUCUAGAAAUUGGCCAAGUGAAACCACUUCCUAAAGCGUAGUAUAGCGGGUUUGGGUUUAAAUGUCAACCCGGGUCCUAGAUUUGAUGACUACUCAGUGAAUUCUUGUUAUCUAGCAAUGAAACUUUAAUGCCAGUCUAAACUAACAAACUAACAAAGCAAGUAAACUGUUGUAUUCAGGUUAAGAGAGGUCACCCGGAUAUGGUUCCCCCUAGACUGCAGUUAAGCCGGAUUGUAAUUACCAAGUUCAGUUUCUAUGAUAGUUAUACUGCGGAAGGUUCUUAAACAGCCUGAAGUCUCGACUAAAGGUCUUCAGACCCUCUCAAUCUGAGUCUCUAGCGGGCGACUAACCUCCACCAGAGUAAACAGAUUGAGGCCUUAACAAACAAAACCUCCACUACCGGAGUAAAACCGGUACAGAAUAGUGAGUUGGCUCCUCGACUAAAGUCACCAACUCCCUACCUUCAAUCAAGGAUGCUCUAUCAACCUAGGCAGAUAUUCUCAUUCUAGGUCAAAGCAGAAACAACAGGAAUUUGAUCAGGAUUCAAGUCAUUCAAUCAUUCAAACCUCAAUCGAAUAUAAUCAAAUCAUAGAAUCAGUACUUGGGUUUAUACAAUCAAAGCCUAACAUACAAAUCUAGGGUUCUCCACACCCAGAUGAAUGUGAGAACUACUCCAUGGAGAAAGAAGCAAAAGCAGAAUCAGACGCGGAAUUCAUACUGUGAAGGAUGGAUUCCUGCUCCUGGACGUUGAUCAGCACUUCUCCAAGCUCAAGCUGGCCUCCAAUGGUGAUGAAGAUCAAGCUAGGGCACUUGGAGACUCUUGUUCGUCGCUUUCUCUCUCUAGGAAUUGCUCUGUCUCUCUAAAACUCGAAUCCCCCUCUGUUUUGGCUGAAAUCUGCUUAAAAGGGCAUCAGUGGCCAAAGCACGGUCGAGGGCACGGCCGUGCUUUGCCUCAGCCCGCCUGUGCUUUGGCUAGGGUUAAUUACACGGCCAUUGUGUUGGGGGAAACACGAGCGUGUUUUAUGAUGGACAUGGCCGUGCUUGUGGUGGCCACGGCCGUGCUUUGUCUAAGCCCUGCCCGUGUUUUUAGCCAAUGUUUGCCAAACUCGAAUUAGCUCUCGGAUGCUUAAACAGUUAUACUGGAUGCAAAGAAUGGAAUUGGAGAGUUUACUUGUGGGAAGUUUCAAGGGAGACACCUGCCUUGCUCUCAUGCAUAUGCAGCUGCGAGAAGCGUUAAUUUGGACCCUUUGAUAUUUGUUAGUCCAUACUACAAGACUCCAUACGUGGUCAGAGUUUGGGAAGGGUCGUUCUUUCCAUUGGCUCAUGAAGCAUAUUGGCCCCAGUAUGAUGGACCUGUAGUGUACCCUCCCGAGCACAUGAAGCGUACCAAAGGUUGACCUAGAGUUAACCGAAUUGCAAAUGAAAUGGAUAGAUCAAGGACACAGCGACGCCGCCCGAAGAAGUGCUCUGCAUGUCGAGUUGAAGGGCAUGAUAGGCGCCAGUGUCCAGGGCCAUCGACUGAUAAUUGAAACUUUAUGUUGUAAUUUGAAUUUUAUGUUGUGAUUUAAGAACUUUAUGUUGUAAUUUGAAUUUUAUGUUGUGAUUUAAGAACUUUAUGUUGUGAAAUACAACAACUUAACAAUGCAUGAGAAAUAGAACAAAUUAACAACGUCAUUAGAAAUAGAACAAAUUAACAACGUCAUUAGAAAUAGAACACCUUAACAACUCUAAAGAAAUAGAACAACUAAACAACGUCAUUAGAAAUAGAACACCUUAACAACUCUAAAGAAAUAGAACACCUUAACAACUCUAAAGAAAUAGAACAACGGAAC